CCUUAUCCCGUGACCUACUAAUAACCCUUAUCACCACCUGCAACCCCCGUUAUUGCGCCAUCUGGCCGAUGAUCGCUUCGCUUCCCCGCAACCAAGUUUUAUCGAUACCUCGCCUGCUACAAGCCAGACGUAUUGUGUCAAAAGUCACCUCAAAACGUCGUUAGUCGAUAAUGGAAACGGUUAAACGCCCCGAAGACCAAGAAAACCCCACCACCGCCAUCGUGUCCGAGAGCGAAACCGAGCCCACCACUCCCACCCAUAGACACAAAACCAAGAAAAAAAAAAGAAAACGCUGGCGCCCGAACUACGACAUCCCCGGCGUCUUCAAAAUCGUCCUCCCCGAGCUAACCCAAAAGGUAAUCGGGUGUGUGGUCGGCGACAACGUCACCUCGGAAAAACCGUGGAUCAACGUGGAGAAAGAAGUCAUCACGGAUCACUUGGACACACACGCCGAAAGCUCCGAGUUCCUACCGAUCAAAACCGAGAUUCUGGAAUGUCCGUUGAACGAGCUCCUCAUCGGGUACAUUCCGGACGAGUCGAAGGACUACGACGAGUUUUACAUUUGUGUGACGGAAGAAGCCACCGAGAAUAUUCACAAUGUUGUGGGGAAGGUGCAGCGGAUUCAGGAGGAGAGGUUGAAGAAUGCCAUCCACAAGAAAAUCAAGAAGUGGAAGGGUCUGGGGUCCGAGGUGGAAGUCGAAGAGGCCAUGGUGAAGUACCACAGGUCGUUGAUUGAGGUGGAGAUCGAGAGCAAGUACCCGAUUUUGCCGUUCAAGGUCCAGUUCAGGUUAGUCAAGACUGAGGAUCUGCGGGAUGGGUACAUGGAGCUGCGUUCGACUGACGAGAGCUCGAACACCAUCUUCAGGAAGCGAGUGGACGCGUUCGUGCAAGUGGCACCCAGCGUCUUGACGAACGAGGCACAAACGAUUUGUACGUACCCGAAGAACUCGUACACGCAGUACGACUACGAAGUUCCACAAGUGGAUUGGGAGGAGUCCAUCAUGAAAGAGUUUGUGUCGGAGAGUAUGGACUCGUUCUGCGAUAUUCUUCGCGUGAAUGGGUGUAUCGAUUUGUAUUCGAACGACUACGAGAAGUUAGUACUUGAUUCGAAGUUUGCGUCGAAGGUGGAGUUGCCCGAACCCAAAGACUACUACUGUUUCAUUGAUAUGAAUCUCUGCGGGAAUAAAAUGAUUUCGGGGACGUCGUGGCAUCAGAUGUGGAGCGGCUGCGUCCUACUUUCCUACGUAGACAUCGCACCUUCUCUCUACUUGACUUCCAAACUCUCAACCGACGAAGUUUUUAAAGCCGUGCAUGACACUAAUCCCGUGCUAUUUUGGAGCUUCACCGACGACUUGAAACCCAAGCUGAUUCUAGAAACACCCAGACCCGUCUACACGGUUUCGUGCUGCCCGUUUGACCCGAAUUUGAUAGUAGGUGGGUGCGCCAACGGCCAAAUCAUCCUGUGGGACAUCACCAACAAGCUCCACCACGUCGAAGAAGAAGAAAUCCUCACUAUCAAUCAACAGAAGUACCGCGAGUACAUGUUCUCUCUCAUGAACUGGAUGAAGAACAUCUUCGACUUGGCUUUAGUACGACCGACGGCGCUUUCUGACCUUAAGUACUCCCAUAAAGGCUGCGUCAACUAUAUUACUUGGUUGUCUCCGUUUCACACAGUUUCGAAAACUGGGAAAAUCGCGGAGAUUGAAGAAGGCAAGCCGCAGUCGCUCGAACUAGUGACUUCUGCGGAAGACGGUACCAUCAUGAUUUGGGACCUACUAAGGAAACCGACCACCACUCCAGGAGGGUUUAAAGCCGUGCGAAAAAUGAAGCGACUGAAGAAACGCCCAAGUGCCUUGUUAACAAUGGAGUCACCCUUCAAGAUCCUCCACUUGAACCUCAAACCCGUGUACAAAAUCAACGUGAUUAACCCGACGGAGAACAACAGAUUGAUGGGUAUCGCGUGCUCGUAUAUGUCUUUCUUUCGGACGUUGUACGAACCAGUGACCAAAGAAAGUCGCAAAAAUAUUAAAUUGUCGGAUCGACUCUUCUACAAACCUGUUCUCAACAUCCAGAAUAGCAACCAAAGAAAAACCUUCUAUGUUGGUACCAUGGAAGGUGAGUUUCUUCAAGGAACGUGGGACGGACAGGCAUUCGAUUCUGGCGAAGUGGUCAACUUCGAGGACGCCGCGUACGUCAACUCGGGCAAGUACCACGACGGUCCCAUCGUCUGCAUCGACUACUCCCCCAAACUUGACACUAUUUUGACCGUCGGAGGCAAAAUCUUCGCUCUGUGGAGAGAACCCUUCAAGAACCGUCCAGUCUUGUGGCGCAAAUCCUCCAGCAUCUACACCUAUGGUUCAUGGUUCGUGGUCGAAGAAGCCUCCAUCAAACUGGCACGAAUCGACGGCUACCACGAAGCCUGGACUCUAUUCUACCAAAGCAAGAACCCCAUGACCGUCCGUCUCAUGUCUAACGGCGCCAUCAACAACAUCAGCGUCCACCCAAGAAAACUCAGAAGCAAAGUCAUAGCUUUGAGCGACUACCGGGGCUCCUUGCGUCUUUUCUUCUACAAACCCGACAGUCCCAUGGUGAUCAAAGCAAAAGAAGAAAACAUGAGUUUGUUCUUAACGCGCGAAAUCGCAAGGAAGAAAGCGUUCUUGAAGUGGCAGUCCGACUGGAACGAGCGUCGCAGAGCGCCAUCGGAAGUCGUCGAAAAAGAAGAAAAGCCAGUGAUCGUGGACGAAGAACAGGGGACGCGCAAGAAGGAAGAGAAGAAGAAGACCACGAGUAAGAUUAGUCCGGGGAUGAGGUACAUGGAAGCGAUGCAAGAGCAGCAGAAGGCGAACGAGCAAGCGAGGAUCAAGCGGAUCAUUCUGAUGAAGAAGCAACUCGACACGGAAGAUUUGUUGAAGAAACGUGAACCGUUACGGAAGCUGGAGGAAGAAAACGAGAUCAAGAAACGCAAACAGAAGAUGAAGUUGAAGCAGUCGGAUAAGAUUUUCAAGGAGCAAGUGGCGAUGUUCUUCCCUGAUGUGGUUAAAGAAAAGCCGCCGCCUCCUCCGGAUCCGUACGUGGAUUGCUACAGCGAAGCGAAGAAGAAAGUUAAUUUCGAUGAUUACUACGAGAUUGCCGUGGCGUCGCAGGACUAUGUCGAAGCUCAUCCUUUCAGUUAUGAUUUCAGCUGGACCACGGUGUUGAAAGCCGGACGAGAAAGAAGAAAGAAACUCGACGAUUCUCCAGACAAGGAUAAACACAGGCUGAGGUACGCUUCAUACAGGGAAGAAAAAGUGAAAGCUUUGGUGGCUGAAGAAGCUUCUCAAGUCGAAGAAAAGCAAAGCGCCGUGGAGGACGAAAUUUCAAUUUCUACCACUAUGUCUAAAAACACUGUUGUCAUGGGUUAGAACUUUUUUAAUGUAUA